AUGAAGUCGCGUCAGAGCUUUGCAUUGAAUUUAUAUAAGAACUCAAGAGAGCCAGUGAAUGUUGUCAUGUCCCCAAUAUCGAUGGAUUACGCCUUAAAUGUUUUAUUCCUCGGUGCCACAAAGGAAACAUUAACGAGUCUAAAAACUGGACUUGAAUAUCCAAAAAAGUUUAGUCUUCGAAUAAUUGAGAGCAAGUUGCAGGCUUGGACACAAACUGUGGGUGACACUGGUGGAGUUGAAAUGGUAACAAAGCUCUACGUCAACAAGACUGUCCAAACAAUGAAGAACUACACAUCACGUAUCCAGAAAGCUUUAAAUGCCACAACUGAGUCAAUUGCCUUUGCUAAUAAUAUACAAUCAGCUAAGAAGAUCAAUGACUGGAUAGCAUAUGCGACCCACAAUUUGAUUCAAAAUUUGAUUCCUUCACGAAUGAUAAACAAAGCGACCAAGAUGCUGAUCGUCAACUGCAUUUAUUUUAAAGCCAAUUGGCAAGUUCCUUUCAAAAAGUCGUCAACAUUUUCUGGAGGAUUUAAAUCUAUUGAUGGAAAAACAAUUCCUGUUGAAUACAUGACUAGAACUGGAUUCUUUGAUUAUAGUCCAAGUGUUGCUGAGCUAAAUGGUGCUGCGGCUGUGUCAAUUGAGUACAAAGACUCAAAUGCAUCGAUGCUGUUCAUUUUGCCACCUGCAGACACUGACGUAGAGUCCUGGAUUGGAAGUAUCUCAAAAGUUGAUUGGGAUGUCGUUGGAAGUUCACUUAACAAUUCUAAUUUAAAUGUCACAAUCCCUAAAUUUAAUAUAACUUAUUUACGUGAUAUGACAGAUGCAGUAAAAGCAAUGAGCAUGGAUCCUAUAUUUCAUGAAAAUGCAACCUUUGAUAAAAUGUUUACAAAAAAACAUAGAGCAGGUUCAAAUGUUUGCAAUAUUCUGCAAAAGGCUGUUAUUUCUGUGGAUGAGGAAGGAACCAUUGCUGCUGCUGUGUCGGCUGUUGGAUUUUUUCUUAUCGGUGCGGAGACAGUUUGCGCUGUGAUUUGUUUAUUCUUUAUUCAUGGCAUCAGAAAAAAGAAACCCGAAUACCUUCUUCCAUUCACUUUCAAAAAUGCUGGAAUCUCUCUAAUAUUCAUCUUGUACGGUGCUUGCUUCCUUAACUUGCUAGGCAUCAUCGGAGUCUUUUACAUGCUCGUCGCCAUCUCAAAUUAUUCUUUAUAUGAUGAAAUUCUUGAUGAAAAUCACAGAAAAUUGACAAUAGCUCAGAUGGAGAUGCAAUCUAUUCAUCCAGUUGCUGUGCCUGUAUACCAAUGUGAUUAUUGUCCGGCUGUUAAUGAGCAGUGGGUUCCUAGUUCAUGUGAUAUUGUUACUUAUGGUCAUAUGUUUCCAAACAGGGCUAGGUAUUGCAAUUAAUGUUAUGUAUUAGAUUUCUUUUGACGUCAUAAAUCAAGACGCAAGUUGAAACUGCCAAAAACAAUUGAGAGAAACUGAUUAUGAGCAAAUCUUAUAACUGUAAGACAAAAUAAGCAAUAAAAAAAUGAGAAUUAAGA